UACGACAACAAUCACUUUCGCAACGAAUGGAAGAUGGUGAGCGACGACGCUAAGGCUGAAGCCGUGACGAUGCCGGUCGCUACGCCCAAAAGGACCAAGGAAGUGACGAGUCCCGAGUCCUGGGGUCAGAAGCAGCGCACGGAAAUGCUUCCACCUGCAGCGCUCAUCCCCCCAUCUUCUAAAAGUAUUGCUACGUGGGGCAAGAAAGUUGCACAAAAGUGGGAGAAACUCGGUAGAAGGAGGCAUUGGAGCCCACACAGCAAAAACGACGCGAACGAAGAUAACGAAAAGGACGAAAGGAUGCACAACACGACCUUCCCGUCGGACUACGUCAAGCCGAAGCGCAUCGGGCGCGUCGAGUCCCUGCGCAACCUCUUCAAGGCCUCGAGCUCGUCCACUUCCCUGCACUCUGCGUUCUCGUCUCGCAAAAAGAACUCGACGCGGGAGGAGAGAAAUGACGCCGACUACGACAUGACAAGGUCCUUCAGUGACGGCAUGGCAGAGCCACAGAUCGGCCUCUUGGCCAACCGCCGGCUAGAAAUCAGUCGCAGCAUCCAGGAACUGGAGCGCCACAGGCGAGUGCUGGACUUUUUCAUCGAGAACUCCGAGGUUCUCAACACGCAAGAGGGCGCUGCCGCCGCCCAGAAGACCCUCGAGGACGCGGGCAAGGCUACGCUGAGGAGACGAGCCAAAGUUGGCGACACUGACAAAAACAAAAACGUCAAACGCGAAAGCGGGCGAAAAACGUCCGAAGUGAACGACCUGGAGCUGAUGAUCGGCGGCAUAAGGUUGACCUACGACGAGAGCGGAUAUGACUCGGACAGUACGCGUGCAGGCGCCGACUCGCCUGACAGCGGAAAGUCGAUCGCCAAGCGCCACACCUUCUGCCAAGCUGACUGCGGCAACGCAAAACUGCCCUUCGGCAGCUCAAAGAGCCUAUCGGAUCAGCGCUGUACCCCCGGGAUGCGGAGUACCAGCGAGAAAUCAGUAAGGUCGGGAGAAUUCGCCGAGGACGAGGACGACGCCGCGACCGUGAUCCUCGAGGACAGCGAGCCGAUGCCGUCAAAACCCGAGGGGAGUCUCGACGACGCUAUUUCCGGCGAUUCUACCCUGACGAGGAAAUCGUCGGCCAAGGUCGCUCUUUGCCCACAGAGCGCGCUGUUCCGCACACCCGAGAAGAAGAGGCCGAGCGCCCUCUACCUGCGGAGUCUCAGUUACAUGAAGCUCGUGGAUAACGAAGCCUCGCCCUGCAAGGACUCGCCGCCGGCCGGGAAAACCGGCAAAAGCCGGCCGGUGUCGGAGUACACGCCGAAACGGUCGCACUCCGCACUGGGGCCCGCGUCUCCCCGGGUGAAGCGGCCGAUCUUCGAGAUGCCGCAGCCACCGACGCCGGCUCCAAAGACGCCUCUGACUCGCCGUGAGUUGAAAACGGUCAAAGUCAACGUGGAGAGGCCGGGGGAUCUCGGGAUCGGGGUGGAGCGGUACGACGCCGUCAGGCCGUACUACGUGGUCGGGUCCAUGAGCAAGACUGGGGCGGCUGCGUUGUCCAGGCUCUUUCGGAUCGGGGACGAGAUCGUGCGGGUGUCGGGGCGUAGGUUGAGGGGGAUGUCGCUGGCCGAGGCGAGGAUGGUGCUGAGGAGUUGCGUCGGGCUGGUCGAGUUUCAGAUCGCCCGGCAGCCGAAUUUUCGUUUCUUCGACGGCGACGAGGAAGAGCUCGGCGAAGCUUGGAGCCUAGACGAGAGUAUCACUCGCUCGCGGAGCGAGUCAGAGAUUUGGGGGAUGCCCGAUGGGUGCGGGGCGGCGAUGGUUGUGGACAAGACGUUUGAAAGUGAGGCGGGUGCCGAGACCAAGGAGGUCGAGAUGUCGGAGGAGAACGGCAUGGUGGUGAAAAACGCGCGCAAGAGCGAGGAUGCCGAGGGCAAAGACAACGGCCGAGCGCUCAAGAGGUCCAAGACGUGCGAGGUUAUCGGGGGAGUCACCAAAGACGGGCGUACCGUCGUGCUGGUGCAGGAGAACGAGAACAGGGAGGAGGUCACCGGGAUGAGAAAAUUCCAGGACGAAAGGAUGCACAACACGACCUUCCCGUCGGACUACGUCAAGCCGAAGCGCAUCGGGCGCGUCGAGUCCCUGCGCAACCUCUUCAAGGCCUCGAGCUCGUCCACUUCCCUGCACUCUGCGUUCUCGUCUCGCAAAAAGAACUCGACGCGGGAGGAGAGAAAUGACGCCGACUACGACAUGACAAGGUCCUUCAGUGACGGCAUGGCAGAGCCACAGAUCGGCCUCUUGGCCAACCGCCGGCUAGAAAUCAGUCGCAGCAUCCAGGAACUGGAGCGCCACAGGCGAGUGCUGGACUUUUUCAUCGAGAACUCCGAGGUUCUCAACACGCAAGAGGGCGCUGCCGCCGCCCAGAAGACCCUCGAGGACGCGGGCAAGGCUACGCUGAGGAGACGAGCCAAAGUUGGCGACACUGACAAAAACAAAAACGUCAAACGCGAAAGCGGGCGAAAAACGUCCGAAGUGAACGACCUGGAGCUGAUGAUCGGCGGCAUAAGGUUGACCUACGACGAGAGCGGAUAUGACUCGGACAGUACGCGUGCAGGCGCCGACUCGCCUGACAGCGGAAAGUCGAUCGCCAAGCGCCACACCUUCUGCCAAGCUGACUGCGGCAACGCAAAACUGCCCUUCGGCAGCUCAAAGAGCCUAUCGGAUCAGCGCUGUACCCCCGGGAUGCGGAGUACCAGCGAGAAAUCAGUAAGGUCGGGAGAAUUCGCCGAGGACGAGGACGACGCCGCGACCGUGAUCCUCGAGGACAGCGAGCCGAUGCCGUCAAAACCCGAGGGGAGUCUCGACGACGCUAUUUCCGGCGAUUCUACCCUGACGAGGAAAUCGUCGGCCAAGGUCGCUCUUUGCCCACAGAGCGCGCUGUUCCGCACACCCGAGAAGAAGAGGCCGAGCGCCCUCUACCUGCGGAGUCUCAGUUACAUGAAGCUCGUGGAUAACGAAGCCUCGCCCUGCAAGGACUCGCCGCCGGCCGGGAAAACCGGCAAAAGCCGGCCGGUGUCGGAGUACACGCCGAAACGGUCGCACUCCGCACUGGGGCCCGCGUCUCCCCGGGUGAAGCGGCCGAUCUUCGAGAUGCCGCAGCCACCGACGCCGGCUCCAAAGACGCCUCUGACUCGCCGUGAGUUGAAAACGGUCAAAGUCAACGUGGAGAGGCCGGGGGAUCUCGGGAUCGGGGUGGAGCGGUACGACGCCGUCAGGCCGUACUACGUGGUCGGGUCCAUGAGCAAGACUGGGGCGGCUGCGUUGUCCAGGCUCUUUCGGAUCGGGGACGAGAUCGUGCGGGUGUCGGGGCGUAGGUUGAGGGGGAUGUCGCUGGCCGAGGCGAGGAUGGUGCUGAGGAGUUGCGUCGGGCUGGUCGAGUUUCAGAUCGCCCGGCAGCCGAAUUUUCGUUUCUUCGACGGCGACGAGGAAGAGCUCGGCGAAGCUUGGAGCCUAGACGAGAGUAUCACUCGCUCGCGGAGCGAGUCAGAGAUUUGGGGGAUGCCCGAUGGGUGCGGGGCGGCGAUGGUUGUGGACAAGACGUUUGAAAGUGAGGCGGGUGCCGAGACCAAGGAGGUCGAGAUGUCGGAGGAGAACGGCAUGGUGGUGAAAAACGCGCGCAAGAGCGAGGAUGCCGAGGGCAAAGACAACGGCCGAGCGCUCAAGAGGUCCAAGACGUGCGAGGUUAUCGGGGGAGUCACCAAAGACGGGCGUACCGUCGUGCUGGUGCAGGAGAACGAGAACAGGGAGGAGGUCACCGGGAUGAGAAAAUUCCAGGUCCGCAAGCGCAGCUCUGCGAGUAACGUGAGGCGCGCCACAAGCUUGUCCCUGGACCUCAUGACAGUGACCCUAGAAAAGGGAGUAAAGCGACUCGGCUUCACGAUAGUCGGCGGCAUGGAUAGUAACAAGGGCAAAAUGGGCAUCUUCAUCAAGAGCAUACUCCCGAACGGCCAGGCUGCCGAGCUGGGCACGCUCAAGGUCUCGGAUGAGAUACUCGCGGUGAAUGGCACAGCGCUCGACGGUAUGACCCACGCCCAAGUGGUCCAGCUUUUCAAGAACGCGGAAAAGGGCAAGCUCGUUCUGUACGUGGCCAGGCGGAGUCCGAUGCUCAACAGAUGUUGGAACCUCAGGACUCACGAUGCCAUCGACAAUUGAGUUACUUUGACAGUGUCAAUAUUAUUUAUUACCAAUCGUGUUGUGAUUCGUAAUUUGAUAACGGGAAGCUUCGGCUUUAACGUGCACAAUGGAUCUCGUUUUCUUUUUUUUUUUUUUUUUCGGUUCUUCUUGUUUUGCGUUAUUUAUAAUUGUAUUUAUUACUUUGUGUUCCUCUCGAUUAAUUCACUUUGAACAGACAUUUUUUCCAUGUGAUUACUAGUGCUUAAUUACUCUGUAGAUUAACUGUGGACUUAUCAACAGAUACGAUUUGACACAACUAAAAGAAUCAAUACACAUUUAUUACUCUAGGUAACUAGUAUUGUUAACGAAACAAGUGUUAAUGUGAUAUUAUCAUAGGAUAGUGGUAAGAUUUGUAUAUUUUGUGUCGAUACGUGUGUAUAGGAAGAUUUCCCAGAAUUUUCAAGUUUCGUAGUAUCCUAAAAUUUAAUUUGGAUAAAUAAGACUGUCGUAGUGUUGAUAGUCACUUUUCAUCUAAAAAAAUGUUUUUCAAUUGUGAAUUUUUCAAUCGUUUCGAUAGAUUCUUGUAAUUUUUAACAAGUCCUCUGAACCAUUAAAUUAUUAAAUUGUAUUAACGCUUUUGCUGUCAUUGGACAUCAUGUAAAGUUUUUUAUUUAGGUUUGUGAAAAUUAAUUUUUCAACGUAAAAAUAACAGUUGAUUUCCAUUAUUUAUUUUUUUUUUUUAACGUCACAAUAAUUUCAAAGUUAGCUUAAGUUUUUAGGUUCAUAACAUUUCCUUCAAGAUAUCAACAGCGUUAAAAUUAAAUGUUUGUUUAUUUACGGUCUUUUAAUGUAUAUUUGUUAAAUACAAGUACAGUCAUUUGUUUUUCCUUAAUGGUCAAAAUCUGUUAGACACGUGCUAACAGAAUUAAUUUUUUUUUGGCUUUCGUUGCUUUCACUGAACUAAAGUACUUCAAGCGUAUUUCACCGUUUGGCACGUGUUUUGAAACACGCUUUCAGCUUUAACGGGUCGCCGAAAUAUUUGGAAGAUUGAAGUUUAAAUGACAGGUUGGAUUUGUUCAGUUGAAUAGAAUUUUGUACACUUGUGCAGUUGUCAGCCUAGGAUUAUUAAUAUUGUUUUCAUAAAAUUAGCGUACGGUUCAUACAUGAGCACAUUAUUCUAAGGUUAAGACAAAUUAAGACAUACGUCUAAAAACAAUACCUGAAAAAGUCUGUGAUACUCUGUGUAGUAACACUUAUCUGCAAAAAUAUGUAGUGAUAAGAUAUAAGGAUGCUGUACAAUGUGUAAAAUAUAUGAAUAAAUUAACGUUAGAGUCAUUAAA